AUGGGCCCAGGACCUAUCAUCCUAGGCGGCAUAGCUAUCGUGGGCACAGGCUACGCUUUCAAAAAGUUUGUGUACGACCCCCACCUCGCCCCUCUCAUUGAAGCAGCCAUAGAAGAAGCCCGCCAUCGCUCUCGCAACCAUCACUUCCCCUGGGAAAUUCGCCCUCAGCCUCAUGCCCAACAUACGGGGCACGAAAGCGAGGCGAUUGCGGUCCCGGUGUCAGCAUCGACCACCGCCCUCUCUCCUACGCACACGACCCUUCGAAGGCGGAGCGUCCAUAAAAAUAUAGACGACUUUGAGAUGGGCUCUCGACCUCUUUCCCGUUCUGUCUCGGGCCCGGGUCUGGAAAAGCAAGGUCCAAGCGAUCGAAGAGGGUGGGAUGGCGAAGAGCACGACCCCUUCCUCGAUCCGCCUUCUUACGAUACCGCCCGUAUCUACCAAGAGCAAUACCACCAGCCCUCUUCUUCUGCCUCUAUGCCUCUCGGUGGUGCUGGGGUCGGUGCUUCAGAGAAGCCCUUGCCAGGAAGAUCAGAAUCAGCCCAAGACGCUGAAAUACGCUCUCUUCUCUUCGACGCACCUGAUCCCUCCCCUUUCCAAGGCCAAGAAGGAGUCCCAUUCAUGGCCAUCUGCCCCCCCCAUCCCUCCUCUUUCCUCCCCCACCACCCCAACCCCAACCCCAACCCCAACUCGCCCUCUUCCUCCUCCGCCGGCGCCGGCGUCCUCUCAGACGAAGGUGCCGCCCCGAGCACGACAUUCUCCUUCCUCUCCCUCUCUCCCUCCCAACUGCCUUCCCCCCAAACGCCAGCGAGGACAAUCAACGACCUUUCCUCCGCCUCCACCCCUGCGCCCGCAUCCCUCCUCUCACCUUCCACCUCCCCUCCAUCGUCCACAUUCACCCUCCCAAACGACCUAGCACCCACCGAUCUCGGCCUCACAUUCAUCCACCCCCACGCCCAAGCGCCUUCUUCCACCUUCUCAUCCGCCUCCGACUCGGCGUUCGGUUCACCGAGAAGAGGGCCCUUGAGUGUGGUUAGUAUGAGCGAAGAGUCUGAAGGAGGGGAGGUUGGAGAAGGUGGGAGGGGUGAUAGUGAGUGGGAGGAGGAGGAUGGUUGGAGUGAUGCUGGCAGAGUUUAA